GCGGCGGCGAGGGGCGGCAACGCCGACCUGUUCAGGAUGCUGCUGGACCACGCCAUGUCCCCGAGGUGCUCGACGUAUGGUCGCGACGGGGAUGGCGCCGGCGCCGGCGGCCGCGCCUCGGUGUUCCGGCUGGAGAUGAUGAGCAGGGCUGUACACGCUGCCGCCAGAGGAGGGAGCGUGCGGAUGCUGAAGGAGCUCAUCGACGGUCGCUCCGACGUGUCGGCGUAUCUUGAUAUCCGUGGAUCCACCGUGCUUCAUGCAGCUGCUGGGAGAGGGCAGCUCGAGGUUGUCAAGUACCUGAUGGCCUCUUUCGACAUGAUCAACUCAACCGACAACCAAGGGAACACUGCACUACAUGUAGCGGCCUACCGAGGGCACCUGCCCGUUGUAAACGCACUGGUUGCUGCAUCUCCAUCAGCCAUAUCAGCUGUCAACAAUGCAGGCGAUACGUUCCUCCACUCGGCGAUCGCAGGGUUCAGAACCCCGGGGUUCCGUCGGCUCGACCGGCAGCUGGAGCUCACCAAGCAUCUCAUUCGAGAGAGAGCCGCAGACAUCAGGAAGAUCAUCAACCUGAGAAACGACGCGGGCCUCACCGCCCUGCACAUGGCUGUGGUUGGCUGCGUGCACCCGGACCUCGUCGAGCUCCUGAUGACCACGCCGUCCAUCGACCUUAACGUCGAAGAUGCUGACGGCAUGACCCCGCUGGCGCUGCUCAAGGAGCAGCUGCGAUCAACCACGUCGGAGAGGCUCAUCAAGCAGAUAGUCUCCGCCGGAGGGGUGCUGAGCUCGAGCGUGCUGAGAAGCCGGUCGGCCGUCGUUUCGCAGAUAAAGAUGCGGGGAGGGAUUGCGAUCAGUCCGGGCACCAUGUUCAGGAUAUCGGAUGCGGAGAUAUUGUUGCACUCGGGCAUUGCGGCGACGGAGUCCCGAAGGGCUAGCUCGUGCUCUAGCGAUGGCAAGUGUGACCCUGUACAUGCGGAUGCAAACGGCGAGGUGGAGAACCAUGGAUCGUCGGAGAAGAGGCUCAGCUCUGCCAGCCGAGCCAAGGACCGUCUCAAGAUGAUGCUGCGGUGGCCUCGCCACAGGGAGAAGAUGUCCAGGACGCCGAGGAAAUCCGAGGACGGCGGCCCGCUGGACACCAUCAAGAAGCUGAACAAGCAUGUCGCCGACACCCCGACCCCGCUCAGGCAGGCCUUCACCAAGACGACGGCGCUCAACAACAAGCGCACGCUCGCGGUCAAAAGCUCCGCCCCCAGCUCGGCCAGCAAGAAGAAGCUCAUCCACGGCAUCAUGGAGGCGAUGCCGCACCUCGCGGCCUCAUUGCCAACGACCCGGUCCCCGCCGAGCACGCUCCCGAGGUCCUCCAUGUCCUCCGCGCCGACAUCCACCAAGCUCAAGGACAUCUGCUUCGAAGAAGAGGAGAGCACGAUGGUGACGCCGCCGUUCGGCAAGCUCAAGGACAUCAUCCUGGACAACGACGACGGCGCGGACGAUCCGUCGUGCUCGAACUCGUCCUUGGCCGACGAGGGGGUCGGCGUGGCCGCCCGGAGGAACCACGGCUGCGGGAACGGGAGGCUCAUCAACAUCUGCUUCGGCGCGCAGGGGCUCACGGUGGAAGACUCUGCCAGCGGGCAGCAGACGAGCAAGAUGUUCAAGCAGCAGUGCCUCCGGGUGUCCUGACCUGGCCUGCGUUCGGCUUUGCGGUUCAGCGAUAUAUGUGUGUGUGUGUUGAACUCCCCCGGCUUGGUUUGGUUUGGUUUGGUUUGGCGUGCUGCUCCGCGUACAAGAGCAAAUGUUUGUUGAUUUGCUGAGAUAAAUUCCGUGUAUGUAUCAUAGUAAGGCGUGCUUGACUUUUGCAAGGGCUUGAGCUUGCUAUCAUCAAGUUAUCGACGUGAUUCCCCUAUACA